CGGACCGUCCUCUGCGUCUCGGUGCUGAGCCUCCGCGUUCGCGCCAGUCGACGUAAGGAUUGACAUACACGCUGCCGGCGCAGCGCCAUAGUUCAGAACUAGCGCGCUGCGUGAUCUUACGCUCUCGCGCUCGCCCUGCGCGCCGAAUCAGGAGGGAAACCGAUCUCAGCCGAGAACGCGCCGCGCAGAACGCGGCGCGCUGAAGAGAUGUCCACGGGCACCUACCUCAAGCCGUUCCGGCCGCCGGCGCCGCUCAAGCCCGGCGGGGCCAGCAACGCGCCGGGCCGCAAGCCCUGGGCGCGGCGCCCGCCGCCCAAGCUCUGCACGUCGGGCUUCCUCUCCGGCUCGUGGAAGCCGCCCAAGCGCGUGACCGUCGCCAAGCCGGCGACGAGCCGCCUCGCCAAGCGCUGCCGCGAGGUCGCCGCGGCGCACCCGCCCACGGUGACGAACGAGGACGAGCUCAGCGUCGAGUCGACGGCGGCCGACUCGGCGCUAUGGGAGGCCGUGGCCAAGGACGCGGCCGAGCUCGACGAGACGGACGGCUGCGAGGAGAUCGACUUCAGCGACGUGCGCAUGGACGAGGCCUCCGAGGCGGCCGCGCGGGCGGCCAAGCGCGCGCGCCGCGAGUCGGGCGCGGACGGCCCGCCGGUCCUGCGCCCGGCGUCGGCCGCGGUCGGCAAGCCCGAGCGCCGGGAGACGCUGGUCGUCAACGACGACGCGCCCACGGUGGAGGUGGCGUCCGAGGCGUCGGCGCCGGCCGCGCCCUCGCCGAAGCUGAAGCCGGCGAGCCAGAAGGACGAGGCGGCCGAGGAGCCGGCGCCCGCGCCGCCGACGAAGGAGGCCGAGCCGCAGGAGCCCGAGCCGACGGUCGAGGCGCCGAAAGCCCCCGAGGCGCCGGUCGAGCCCGCUUCCACGGCGGCGGCCGAGCCGACGGCCGAGGAGCCGCCGGCCGCGCCGACGAAGGAGACCGAGCAGACGCCCGAGCAGCGCGCGGCGUGCCUCGGCGCCUGCGACGGCGUGCUCAAGUACCUCCUGCGCCACAAGCACGCGGCCUGGUUCGCGGACCCCGUCGACCCGGUCGGCAUGGGCAUCCCGCACUACGCGGAGAUCAUCAAGCAGCCCAUGGACUUCGGCACGAUCAAGGGCAAGUACAAGGGCGGCCGCUACGCGAGCGCCGAGGCGUUCGCCGCCGACGUGCGCCUCGUCUUCCGCAACGCGACGACUUUCAACACGGGCGCGGACGAGCCGGUCCACGUCGCCGCCGUGCAGCUCGGCGCCAAGUUCGAGGAGCGCUUCGAGAGCGCCAUGGAGGACGCGCUCUACGAGUCUUCCGACGACGAGGAGGAGGAGGAGGAGGAGCCCGCGCGCCGCCGCCGCUGA